CUGUCCCGAUAACAAAGUUCCUAUUGUUAUAUUGACCAGAACAGUGUUAGUUAUAUAUAGAUCACUUCUUCGAAGCAUCUAGUCGAAAAAUCGAUCAAUUCAUAACGGGACACCAUACAGGAACAAUUCACAAUCUGACUGAUCGGUCAAUCAAUUUCGUACUUAAAAAAAAUUGGGGCCGAUUUUAGUGACCUGUUAUCAACGAUAGUAUCGCCCUUGAAAUUUUCAAAUGAUCGGAUAUAGUACCAUUCAGCAACAUGAUAGAGGUACAAUGUCGGAUUUCCGCAGUCGGACAGAGCUCGUGGACGAAGUGACUCCCCUAAAAAAGAAAUCAACACAAUGGAGAGGUCUGUCCGCCUACUGGAUCCUUGGACUCUGCAACAAUUUCGGCUAUGUUGUGAUGCUCACAGCAGCAGAUGACAUUAUCAAGAGCCACUCUGAUAGUCAUGAUGAAAAGAAAGGUCCGAGGGACUGUGUCUAUUUGUCCACCGGAGCUAUUUUGUUAGCUGACAUCCUUCCAGCAUUGAUCGUCAAACUGUUAGCCCCAUUUAUACCAUUUUUCGUUCAUGUACGAGUAGCCCUGUGUAUAGUAGUAGCUUGUGCUGGUUUUCUUAUGGUUGCCUUCAGCGAGAAUAUAACGAUGUCUAUAACGGGGGUUGUGUUGACAUCUUUCUGUUCAGGACUUGGAGAAGUGACCUUUCUACAAUACAGUGCAUUCUACGACAAGAACGUCGUAUCUACCUGGAGUUCAGGUACAGGAGGUGCUGGAGUUAUUGGUGCUGGCACGUACACCAUUUUGAACACAUUCGGAAUGAAGAACACGUUAUUGAUAAUGCUACUCGUACCGAUAACUAUGGGCAUUUCGUUCUGGGUAAUCCUCCCCAGGCCUGCUGAUGAAGAUAAGAAAUUGGUGGAAAUCCAAAAAAGGGUUAACUCUGAGGAAGUGGACAGUCCUGUGGCCACCUUCUUCAAUAAAAUAAGAAAAGUGCCCAGUUUGAUGAAAUUCAUUGUACCCUUGAGUACUGUGUACUUGUUUGAGUAUUUCAUAAAUCAAGGAACUUUUGAGCUGAUCAAAAUAAAGAACGAUUUCGUGGAUCCAGAUAAACAAUACCAUUGGCUUCAGGUGGAUUAUCAGAUCGGUGUGUUUUUAUCCAGAUCAUCAGUGAAUCUCUUCCAUGUUAGACAUAUAUGGAUCUUCUCCCUACUCCAGCUUUUGAAUGUUGCAGUAUUCACAACAGAAGCUAUUUAUUAUUACAUUCCUCACUUUUGGAUCAUUCUGAUGCUCACUUUGUGGGAAGGACUAUUGGGAGGAGCAGCAUAUGUCAACACUUUUUAUAGAGUCUCUUCAGAGUCGAAAGAGGAAGACAAACAAUUUUCCUUAGCAGCUACAUCAUUCGCAGACAGCAUAGGGAUCAGUAUUGCUGGAGUUAUUUCAAUAUUCGCUCACAACAAAAUCUGUGAUAUGCCUCUUCCAAACGGUGCAUAGUGAUAUCUCAGUAUUAUAUUUCAGCAAUGUUUCUUUCACGUUGAGUUGUUUUUAAUCUUUCAAUUACUUCAAUUGAGUUUAAUUUAUAUAAUUUUUAUAAUGACGUAUUCUAAAGUUCCAUUCAUUUAGUUUUAAGUGACGAUAUGAAGACUGAGAUUACUCAGUGAAUAUAUUUUAACUGAUGCAUAUUCAUCGAGAAAAGGAUCGACUGGACAGUAGUUCAGCAUCCUUUGAAUUCCCAUGGAUCGGUUUAUGAUGUUUUAAACCCAAAGAAUAAUUAUUUUUAUAGAUUCAUUGUUAAAUAUAUUAUUUUUGAGAGAUCGAGUCAUAUUUAUAUGGCGCAAACAUUAUAUACAAUGUUCAAGUUAAGAAUAUUUCUAUUUUGAAAUAUAAUUUAUUUUUCCUA